AUGAAUGAGGACCAUAAUUCUUCCUCUCUCAAGUCAGAGGAUAUAGAGUACGAGUCAGAUACCAAUGAUACCCAGAGAAAACGGGGCGCUUUUUCUGGUAGGUUUAGGCGGCCGCGAUCCUCAAGAGCUUGCGAGAUAUGUCACACCCGAAAGGUUCGGUGUGAUGCCACUGUGAGAAUGCCAUGUACGAACUGUGUGACAUUUGGGUGCGAGUGCAAGAUUCAUGAGUUGAAACGGCGUAAACCAUCAAAGGAGAAGUCCGAGAGUGUAAGUGAUGAGAGUGAGGGUGAAACCACGAAGAGAGCAAAGGUAGAGCGCAAUGCCAGAGAGGUCUUUUCCGAUCCAAACAAAACCCUAGAUGAAAAUAUCAAGUCGAUAAUGAGCGCGCGUGAAGUCGCCUUGACAGGACUGUAUCCGGAGCAGUUAGGAAGCGCAAGCAAGUCGUUUUUUGGCCAUUCAGCCUAUAUUAAUGUCCUGUUGGGCCAGGGGAAGACACCUGGCAGUACCCUGGAGCAGUUACCUGAAGUCAGUGGUGAGCUUAAGUUUUCACUGUCGCGUUUAGGCGAAACAGAGCUGACGAUACUGAAGCUCAGAGGCGCCUUUCUACUUCCUGAAGAGUCUCUUUGCUGGGAAAUGAUCGAGAAAUACUUCGAUAACAUUGAUCCCGUUUUGCCAUUGAUCAAUAGAUCAAAGUUCAUGAGGGAAUACAAAGAUUUGAAGAAUCCACCCAGUCUACUGCUUCUACAGACUGUUCUUUUAUGUGGUUCCAAAGCUAUGGACCCUGAGGCUUUUGGUGGUUCUGGAACAGAAACCCUUGAUAAGGUGUCUGCAAUUCUGUAUCAGCGUGCCAAGGCAUUAUAUGAUGCUAAUGUGGAGACGGAGGCUCUCCCAAUAGUGCAGUCACUGCUUAUGUUUGGCUGGUAUUGGGAUGGGGUCGAAGACGUGACAAAGAACGUAUUCUACUGGACCCGUGUUGCGAUCUCUGUCGCCCAAGGCUUUGGUUUCCAGAGAAACAUCCAAUACUCGAAAUACAUAUCAGAAGCUGACAAGAAGGUUUGGAGACGUGUCUGGUGGUCUUUAUUCCUGAGGGAUCGAGGAGUAGCGGUUGGUUUUGGACGACCAGUGGUAAUUGAUCUUGAGGAUUGUGAUGUUCCCAUGGUGACGGAGGAUGAUUUCGAUGAAAGUGAGCCUGGGCUCCCUUCAAAGUACCCAAAGAAUCGAGUCUCCAUUGAUUUUUUCAUCCACUCCGUGAAAUUGGCUGAACUGAUUGGUCUUGUCCUACGCCAACAAUAUUCUGUUCGUGCUGAGGAAACUAGAGGUUUAGGACGGCUCCCAGUUGUCCGUAAUUGUGAUAUGCUCAUGGGCAACUGGCUCGAAAAUCUCCCCCCCUCAUUGCAAUACAUGAUCAACGAUCCCACAAGACAGAACAUGUACAGUGCCAUGAUCAAUGCCCAAUACUACGCUAUUUUGUGUCUGGUACAUCGGUCAAAUAUUAUUAGAAGGACGAAGAUUGUAAUGAGGGCAUCUGAAAGUCCAAAGAACGACCACAUGUCUACACCCGCUGCCAAAACGCUGACCGAUGAAACCCAAGAUGAAUACUAUCCAUCAUGGGGUAUCACAUUCCAGGCUUCUCAUAUGAUAGCCAUCAUUGCCAGAAACCUCUUGAAAUCCGGAAAGAUCAAAUUUUGUUCUGCCGGGAUGGUGUACAAUAUUUUCACUGCUAGUGUGAUUCUCCUUUAUCAUCACCAUAACAAAAACCCCAAGAUCGUUAGGAUUGCAAAAUCUGCUACAAACAUGUGUCUUGAGGCCUUCAGAGAGAUCGCUAAAUACUGGGGCAUUGGCAGGAUUACGCUGAAGAUACUUGAAGUUCUGCUCGCUGAUAGGGAGAAGCAGCAGAGGGUGAUCCGUGACUUAUUAAAGAUGGUGGAGUCACGAGCCAUUUCUGAAAAUGACUACGAUGCGCUGGUUUCUAGUGCCGACGUUAAUGAAGGCUUGAAGAUGAACUCGAGAAGGGAAUCAGAGUCGAAACCUCAGCCUGAAAAUCUUCCAGAGGUGUCUUCUCCAGCGCCGGUGGCCGGUAUCAAAGUACCACAGCCUGGAAAUCGCUCCAGUGCUACGAUAUACGGUAAUCAUCCUUACCAUGAUAAUAUCCCACUUUUCACGCAAAGUGUGUCCGACGGAACCACGCCAUAUUUUGAAAAUUUCAACCCCGUUCAGCUGUUUCCAGAGCUUUCCACUACCGGUCCUGGAGAGCCUGCACCAGCAGCCAUAAACUUGUCCGCCGGAAAGUCUCCGGAUGGAACGUCAAGUAGCACUGGAAAUACCUCCGAUGACGGGAUAACCUCGUUGAUAUUACUGGAUGGUAUCACGUCUAAUUGGACUCCAUCAUUCGAUGUAUCCACGAAUCCAGCCGGUGCGAGGGUCUUUGAUGGGACCCACCAGACGUUCAAGGACCCCAAUAGUACGUCGCCUGAUAAUAGUAUGAGCACUCCCAUUCAAACUUCCAAUGGCGUGGGUUAUGGCGAAGUGGGCCGUCAGGCUUCUGUUGGAGACUUGACUACGCAGGAUAAUGUUCCUAACACGAUGAAUGUCAAGGACUGGUAUGAUUAUUUAUUUUAG